ACACCUAGCGAAACGAAGCAGUGAAGACCUCUUCCCACAAAGCCAUACGGGCAAACACGUUUCAGAUAAAGCUAAAAAACGGUAAACCCCUUUUCCUCGCUAGUGUUACCCCCAAAUCCUUCAGUGCGGUUCAAUCUAACUGCCAGGCAUGAAUCAUCCCACAAUACACUGAGGGCUUGUGGCAGGAGAGAGCUCUAAAACAUGGCCGAAAGUGGAACUGGUUUCUUAGAUCAGCUGAAAUCGUGCAUCGUCUGGUCUUGGACAUACUUCUGGACUGUGUGGUUCUUUGUUAUGCUAUUUCUGGUUUACAUAUUGCGAGUGCCUUUGAAAAUCAACGACAAUCUUACGACAGCAUCUGGGCCAGCCAUGUUCGGCACUGAAUCGUCAUUGAGCAUGUUUCUAAAUACGCUGACCCCAAAAUUUUACGUCGCCCUGACAGGAACCUCUUCUUUAAUAUCUGGGCUUAUAUUGAUAUUUGAAUGGUGGUAUUUUCGGAAGUACGGAACUUCCUUCAUUGAACAAGUCUCUGUGAGUCACCUGCGCCCUCUGCUGGGCGGAGUCGAUAACAGUACUCCUAGCAACUCCAACAGUAGUAAUGGAGAUUCAGAUUCAAAUCGACAGAGUGUGUCAGAAUGUAAAGUUUGGAGAAACCCACUAAAUUUAUUUAGAGGAGCAGAAUAUAACCGGUACACGUGGGUAACGGGAAGAGAGCCUCUCACAUACUACGAUAUGAAUCUUUCUGCCCAGGAUCACCAGACAUUUUUCACGUGUGACACAGAUCACUUAAGGCCUGCUGAUGCUAUAAUGCAGAAGGCUUGGAGAGAGAGAAAUCCGCAGGCUCGGAUCUCAGCUGCACAUGAAGCUUUGGAGCUAGAUGACUGUGCCACUGCAUACAUCCUCCUGGCAGAAGAGGAAGCCACAACGAUUGUGGAGGCCGAGAAGCUUUUUAAACAGGCCCUGAAGGCAGGAGAGGGCUGUUACAGGCGCAGUCAGCAGCUCCAGCAUCAUGGGGCCCAGUAUGAAGCACAGCACAGAAGAGAUACAAAUGUUUUGGUUUACAUUAAAAGAAGGCUAGCAAUGUGUGCUAGAAAACUGGGAAGAACAAGAGAAGCAGUGAAAAUGAUGAGAGAUUUGUAUGUUUUCCAGUUAAUGAAGGAGUUCCCUCUCCUCAGUAUGUUCAAUAUCCACGAAAACCUCCUUGAGGCCUUACUGGAACUGCAGGCCUAUGCUGAUGUACAAGCAGUAUUAGCAAAAUAUGACGAUAUUAGCUUACCCAAAUCAGCAACAAUAUGCUACACAGCAGCUCUUCUCAAAGCCAGGGCUGUGUCAGAUAAGUUCUCUCCAGAGGCUGCAUCUAGGAGAGGCCUGAGCACUGCAGAGAUGAACGCGGUAGAAGCCAUACACAGAGCAGUAGAGUUUAACCCACACGUACCAAAAUACCUCUUAGAAAUGAAAAGUUUAAUACUGCCACCAGAGCAUAUUCUAAAGAGAGGGGACAGUGAAGCAAUAGCAUAUGCAUUCUUUCAUCUUCAGCACUGGAAAAGAGUGGAAGGCGCUUUGAACCUCCUGCACUGUACCUGGGAAGGGACUUUUCGAAUGAUCCCCUAUCCUCUGGAGAAAGGCCACCUCUUCUACCCUUACCCAAUCUGCACAGAGACAGCCGACAGAGAGCUCCUGCCCUUGUUUCAUGAAGUCUCAGUUUACCCCAAGAAAGAGCUGCCUUUCUUCAUCCUUUUCACAGCAGGCUUGUGCUCCUUCACAGCAAUGCUCGCACUACUCACACACCAGUUCCCAGAGCUCAUGGGGGUAUUUGCUAAAGCUUUUCUCAGCACCCUGUUUGCACCGUUAAACUUUAUAAUGGAAAAGGUGGAGAACAUCCUACCCUCCAGCCUGUGGCACCAGCUGACACGGAUCUAGAACACGCAGGGACUACUGCCACAGUGUUAGUGCCAAGAUCAUUGACUCUUGUGGACGACAAGAAAGUGUUACAGGGAAAGGGAAAACGGUGACCGUCAGUUAAAGACUUUUUGUUUUUGUUUGUUCUCAUGUAAACCUGUUUUUUGUUGUACAAAAAAAGGUGAUGUUCAGUUUUACUUUGCCUUCAGAGGGAAAAAAAAAAAGCUAAAAAAUGAAAAAUAAAAACUUUUGUGUAUUGCUGCAA